UCUCAGCCAGCUCCAGCUCACAGCUCUUCCUUCUACCACCAUCAUCGUACUGAUACCCGUUUUUGGGACAGCAUCUUCGUUUCCUGUGGUACUCGCGUUAAAAAUCUGACAAGAUGAUGUGGGAUUUUUCUGGUGCAAAUGCCAACCCCCCUCCGCCGCCUAAUGGAUACCAGCAGCCCCCACCAUUGGCAUAUGACAUGCCGUCUUCUGAGUGUCCGACCGCUGCAUAUGGUCAGCCCGGCUAUGGCGAACCUAUGGCAUUUCCAGGCUCUUCUCACCAUGUCCCAUGCUCUGGCGCCUCACCUUACGGCUCGGUUCCGGCCCCUGUCGGCUCCUAUUUCCUACCUGUCCCAGAUAUGAAUAUGCCUUCCGACGUACCCAAGGCUCUCAGCAGUCGUGAACAUCAUCAUCAUCAUCACUACCACCGUAGCAGCAGUCAUCAUCGGCAUCAUUCUAACCCCGAGCACCCUUCUGUCGUGCACCAUUCCGGGAGUCAGCAUAUCAUUGUUAGCACUCCGCAUCACCAUCAUAGCAGUCACAGCAGCAGCCGGCCACGUCCUGCAUCCACCGUUCCUGUCCCUCAACCUAUACAACCCUCGCAAUCUUCCCAGCAUCAGUGUUUCACAUAUUCCAAGUGUACCGGACGUAAAAAGGCACUUUGUAUCGGAAUCAACUAUCGCGGACAGCCCCAUGAGCUCAAAGGUUGUAUUAAUGACGCCAGACAUAUACGUGACUUCUUAAUGCAUCACUGGGGAUACAAGUCUGAGGAUAUCGUGAUGCUUACUGAUGAUAGCACCAAUCCCCGCUCCCAACCCACAAGGAAGAACAUGAUUGACGGAAUGCACUGGCUUGUCAAGAACGCCCAACCGCACGACUCGCUUUUCUUUCAUUAUUCCGGACACGGUGGACAAACGAAAGACUUGGAUGGAGAUGAAGUUGAUGGUUAUGAUGAAGUCAUUUUUCCGGUUGACUUCAAGCAUCGGGGACAGAUCAUCGACGACGAAAUGCACUUGAUCAUGGUCAAAUCUCUUCCUGCCGGGUGCCGUUUGACGGCUCUGUUCGAUUGUUGUCACUCUGGAACUGCUUUAGAUUUACCUUAUGUCUACGGUCAUGACGGUCGACUAAUAAAAAAGGAGCAAAUAUCCAAGAAAUGGAGAAAGAUUAAAUCUACACCUGCUGAUGUGAUAUCGUGGUCGGGAAGUCAAGAUAGUCAGACAAGUGCAGACACUUUCCAGGGUGGUGUCCCGGUCGGCGCUAUGAGCUAUGCCUUCGUUACAUCACUCAGGAAGACCCCCGAGCAAUCUUACCAACAACUACUUCGAUCAAUUAGGAAGAUCCUGCAUCCAAAGUACAGUCAGAAACCUCAACUCGGCAGUUCUCAUCACAUAGAUACGAGUUUGCGCUUUAUCUUGUAAGGGAAUGCAAAGCCCGAUAACGACUGCAACGACACGGACGUCCUUGUAUUGUAUCAAGUAUUAUAUACUUUAAGUACCCGUAAUAAUUAUGUGAUUUUAUGCUACGUAAUGUGCAAUCUCUAGUCGUUCC